AAUCCAUUAUAAAUCUACCUGGGGCUGGGGUGUCCCUCUCCCCCGUCACCUCAAAAACCUCUCCAACCCCACCGGUCCACCACCGCCAGCCACCUCUCCCUCGCUCUCACUCAGGUCCCCCGCAACACGACGAGAGGCAGCAGGACCGGAAGGCGCCAUGGCCACCACCCGCGACGUCUCCGCCGCCUCCGCGGCCGCCAUGUUCCACGUGUACCAGCCCAUGCCGAUGCCAUCCACGGCGGCGGCCCCCGCGAAGGCGGGCAAGAAGGAGGGCGGCAAGGACCGGCACAGCAAGGUGAACGGGCGCGGGCGGCGCGUGCGGAUGCCGAUCGUGUGCGCGGCGCGCGUGUUCCAGCUGACCCGCGAGCUGGGGCUCAAGUCGGACGGGCAGACCAUCGAGUGGCUGCUCCGCCAGGCCGAGCCCUCCAUCGUGGCCGCCACGGGCUCCGGCACCACCCCGGCCGUCUUCGUCUCCUCCUCCGCGCCGUCCACGUCCUCCUCCUCCCACUCCCACUACCAGCAGCAGCAGCAGCAGCAGCAGGCCACCGUCGUCGUCCUGGGCAAGCGCCCGCGCGAGGAGGGCGGCGACGCCGCGGCGGCGUCCGUGCCGGCGUUCUGGGCGGCGGCGCCGCGGACGACGGCAGCAGCGGACGCCAGCUGGGGCUUCUCGCCGCUGGAGGCCCAGCAGGCGGCGGCGGGGUACGUGCCCAUGGCACAGGCGCAGCAGCAGCAGCACCACCACCACCACCUCAACCUGCUCGCCGCGCUCUCCGGUGCCGCGAGGCGCGCCGAGGCGGCGGAGGAGACCCGAUGACUGCUAGCCUAGUAGCUACAUGCAUCCGCCACUCGCGCGCAUGCAUUGGUCCUUUGUUGUCCGUGUGCUCGCUCUUGGCAGCGUAAACGUUCUUGAUUUUUGUUUGUGUGUGUGCCCUUGUGAUCUUGGCUCGUUAGCUAGAGUAAUCCAGACUUGUUUUGACACACGGGUGAUGAUAAUGCAUGCGCAAGGAUCGAUCCAUGGCAUCUGAGAAAUUAACGUUCAGAUGUGCAAUCA